GUGAUGGCAACUUUGGCAAGGUAGCAUUCCUAUUUAGAAACCGAGGUCCACCCCAAGGAGAAUCUUCCGAACUCGCCGGAGAAUAAACAACUGUUCACAAAAUUCUGUUUCUGUUGGAGGGAGAUAUAGAAAAUUCCAGGGACACAAAAGUGAUCAUUUUUUUUCCUUUCUGAGGACAAAAGAGGGUGUUUAAACAAAGAGUCAAGAGUUGGAGGCUUGGAGCGAACAGAAGACAAAUUGCAGUUUCCAUAAAAACACUCCCUUCAGUCAAUCCUCGCUUUGCUUCCUUGUGUUUGUGAAAUUCUUUUGCAGAUAUGGGCAUGCCACCAAACCCAGUGUUUUAAACACUUUUCUAUUGCUUUGUUGUUUAUGGGUUUGUUGUGUUUCCCACAUUCUGUCAAUUGGGUUCCUUUUUUAUCUUUCUUUGUGGGAGGGGCGGGGAUGGUUCUAGACUUUUUUGUCUCUCACAAUCUGUACUUGGGCAUGGCUUUUUUCUUCCUCUGGAAGAUGAAUUUUUGUUCGUGGGAUUGUUCUGUUCAUUUUUCCAGUUUAUGGGCAUGGCGUUGUUUGCUACUUGAUUUCCUUAUCUUGUCUUCUUCUUUGGAUGGGAAUGGCAAUUUUUUUCCUCCUCGAACUAAUUUUUGUUUAUAUGGUUAUUAUUUUAUGAAAUUAUUGAUUUUUACGGCUUGCAUGAUUUCUUAUUACUGUUAUGAUUAUGACUUUGAUUGUUCUUUGAUAAGCAGUAUUUUUUAAUUCCUAACGUUUAUGAAUUUGACAAUGAUUAUAAAUAUUAUGUCUGGGAUUAUUUUGUUUUCAGUAAUGGGAAACCCUGGCGGAAGAAAAGGUCGAGCAGACCCUUCUGCAGCUAAGAAGUUUGAACAAAACUGUGAACAAUCUGUGGAGCUUGCACAGGAUCGAGCACCACUUAAUAAUCAUGCUGAUGUGCCCAUGGUUCACUCUCCUUCCCAUGACCCCAGGUUACUUUUCAUGUUUAAUCCAGAGAUGCUUGUGACUCCCUGGUUAGGACCUGGACUGGUUAUGCCAUCCCAAGUUCACUCUUUACCACAAAGCAUAACAGAUAAUAAGGAUGAUUUCAAUGGGAGGUGGAUUUCCGUUGAGAUCACAUGGAAAUAUGCUGGCAAUUUAGUAGCUGUUGUGGGCUCGUGGGACAACUGGCAGACUAUGGAGCCCUUGCUGCAUGGAGGCAAAAACUUAACUGUCACAAAAGUUCUUCCAGUAGGAACCCAUUACUGCUGCUUCAUUGUUGAUGGAGUGUUAGCAUGUGCUCCAGACUUGCAAUGGGUUGGUGAUGUUUAUGGAAAUCGCUAUAACAUUAUAAGCUUACAGGAGGACGUCCUAAAAUCGACUGCAAUUGGUCCUGCAAAUCUGUCAGAGUUUGAACAUCCUCCUUCCCCUCCAUCAAGCUAUGACAAUAGAUUUUUCACUGAUGAAGAUUUUUUGCAUAAAACAAAAGGCAAGGUUUGUGAGGUUCUACCCCCAGAACUACCACCACAACUAGAAGAUGCAGUUUUGGAUAGGUCAUUAUUGGAUAAGCCAUCGUCGUUGACCAAUCACUGUCUACCAAGGCCUGAAUUUGCACAGUUGAAUCAUCUAUACACUCGCAAGAAUGAUCAGUAUGUAGAAUUCAGCUCAACACAGAGGAUGGGCGAUAAAUAUGUCACAACCAUACUGUACAAGCCAUUGCCUAAAACAAAAUGAGUGCAACCUAUUUUUUACAUUAGGACUUCUGGAGGUAAAUUUAUUUAA